AUGGCCACCAUGGAGAAGCUGAUGAGGGCUUUCGAGUCGCUGCGCUCCUUCCAGCAGCAGCAGGGUCCGGCUGCUAUCCCCGAGGAGCCGCUCCAGAGACCAAAGAAAGAACUUUCAACUACCAAGAAAGAUCGAGUGAAUCAUUGCCUAACAAUAUGUGAAAACAUAGUUGCUCAGUCUUUAAGAAAUUCUCCAGAAUUUCAGAAACUGCUGGGGAUUGCCAUGGAACUCUUUCUCCUCUGCAGUGAGGAUGCGGAAUCUGAUGUCCGGAUGGUUGCUGAUGAAUGCCUUAAUAAAGUUAUUAAAGCCUUGAUGGAUUCCAAUCUUCCUAGGUUACAAUUAGAACUGUAUAAAGAGAUUAAAAAAAAUGGUGCUUCCAGAAGUCUACGUGCCGCACUCUGGAGAUUUGCUGAGCUUGCCCAUCUAGUUCGGCCUCAAAAAUGCAGGCCAUACUUAGUGAACCUUUUGCCCUGUCUAACACGAAUAAGUAAGAGACCCGAAGAAUCGGUACAAGAGACACUAGCUGCGGCAAUACCAAAAAUCAUGGCAGCAUUUGGCAAUUUUGCAAACGACAAUGAGAUUAAGGUUUUAUUGAAGGCUUUCAUAGCUAAUCUUAAAUCCAGUUCCCCUACUAUCCGUCGAACAGCAGCAGGAUCAGCAGUAAGCAUCUGUCAACAUUCACGAAGAAUGCAGUAUUUUUAUGCCUGGUUAUUGAAUGUACUUUUAGGCCUGUUGGUUCCUGUAGAAGAUGAUCAUCCUACUCUUUUAAUUCUGGGUGUUUUACUUACACUGAGGUAUCUCAUACCUUUAUUGCAACAACAAGUAAAGGAUACCAGCCUGAAAGGCAGUUUUGGCGUAACUAGAAAAGAAACAGAGAUUUCACCUUCACCAGAACAACUUAUACAGGUUUAUGAACUGACUCAGCAUUACACCCAGCAUGAGGACCAUAAUGUUGUGACUGGAGCUUUAGAAUUAUUACAACAGCUCUUUAGGACGCCACCACCUGACCUUCUCCGUGCCCUGACCAUUUCAGGGGGCAUUGCACAGGUCAGUGUAUCCAAAGAUGAAUCUGCCAGCAGAAACCGCAGUGGGAGCAUAGUGGAACUUAUAGCUGGAGGGGGUUCUUCAUGCAGCCCUGUUCUUGCGAGAAAACAUAAAGGUAAAAUACUUCUUGGUGAAGAAGAAAGUUUGGAGGAUGAUCCUGAAACCCGAUCAGACAUCAGCACUGCAUCGUUUGCAGCUUCUAUGAAGGGCAAGAUAGCCAGUGAACUAGCUUCUUCCUCAGGUGUAUCGACAGCUGGGUCAGUAGGGAGUUCAGCUGCUGAUUCUACCGGACAUGAUAUCAUUACUGAGCAGCCACGUUCUCAACAUACGUUGCAGUCAGACUCUGUAGACCUGACAAGCUGUGAUUUGACAAGUACAACUACUGAAGAAGAUGAUGUGCUUAGUCGAAGCUCCAGCCAGAUCAGUGCUGUCCAGUCAGAUCCCACUAUGGACUUGAAUGAUGGUACACAGGCUUCCUCACCAAUUAGUGAUAGCUCUCAGACUACUACAGAAGGUCCAGACUCUGCUGUAACCCCUUCGGACAGUUCUGAAAUUGUUUUGGAGGGUGCUGAAGGACAGUAUUCUGCGAUGCAAAUUGGGCAGCUGCAGGAUGAGGAAGAUGAGGCGGCAAAUAUUCUCCAAGAUGAUUCAUCAGAGUCUUUCAGAAAUUCUUCUGUUGCUCUUCAGCAGCCUCACCUGUUGAAAACAAUGAGCCAUAGUAGGCAGCCUUCUGAUAGCAGCGUAGAUAGAUUUACAUCAAAAGAAGAUGCAGCAGAUCCUAGUGAUCAUGAAAAUAAGCCCUCCAGGGUAAAGGGAGACAUAGGUCACUACACCGAUGGAAAUUCUGCUCCUUUAGUGCACUGCGUUAGACUUCUGUCAGCCUCUUUUCUACUUACUGGGGAGAAAGGAGCUUUGGUUCCUGAUAGAGAUGUGAGAGUCAGUGUAAAAGCCCUAGCAGUAAGCUGUGUUGGAGCAGCUGUUGCACUUCACCCUGAGUCUUUCUUCAGCAAACUGUAUAAAACACCCCUUGAAGCAAUGGGAGAAGAGUAUGAGGAGCAGUAUGUAUCAGAUAUUCUGAACUACAUUGACCAUGGAGAUCCCCAGAUUAGAGGAGCUACUGCCAUUCUGUGUGGAACAAUUGUCAACUCCAUUCUAACUAAAUCCCGCUUUGAUGUGGAAAAAUGGCUAACAAAUGUCAGAAGCUCAACAGGAAAUCUCUUUUCCUUGGUAGACUGCAUACCUCUGUUACAGAAGACGUUGAGAGAUGAGUCCUCUGUUACAUGCAAGCUGGCUUGUACAGCUGUGAGGCAUUGCAUCAUGAGCUUAAGUAAUAGCAGUUACAGUGAACUAGGUUUACAAUUAAUUGUUGACCUCCUUAUGCUGAAGAAUAGCUCAUAUUGGCUAGUAAGGACGGAACUUCUGGAAACACUUGCAGAGAUAGAUUUUCGGCUAGUCAGCUUCUUGGAAGGAAGAACUGAGAGCUUGCACCGAGGUAGUCAUCAUUAUACUGGUCUACUAAAACUUCAGGACAGAGUGCUUAAUAAUGUUGUAAUAUGUCUGCUUGGAGAUGAAGAUCCAAGAGUGAGACAUGUAGCUGCAGCUUCAUUAAUGAGGCUUGUUCCAAAGCUAUUUUAUAACUGUGAUCAAGGACAGGCGGAUCCAGUUGUAGCAACAGCAAGAGACCAAAGCAGCGUCUACCUGAAACUACUAAUGCAUGAAACACAGCCUCCAUCUCACUUCGCAGUGAGCACUAUCACCAGAACAUACAGAGGUUACAAUAUGCUGCAAAGUCCAACAGAUGUCACUAUGGAAAACAAUCUCUCAAGGGUUAUUGCAGCAAUUUCCCAUGCAUUGACAACAUCCACUACAAGAGCACUUACGUUUGGCUGCUGUGAAGCUUUGUGUCUUCUCUCCACAACAUUUCCAGUCUGCACCUGGAGUGUGGGAUGGCACUGUGGUGUUUCCCAGCCAAGUCCUUCAGAUGAAGCUCAGAAGGGCUGCACCAUUGGAAUGGCUGGCAUGGUCCUGUCUCUCCUUUCAUCAGCAUGGUUCCCACUGGACCUCUCUGCACAUCAGGAUGCUUUGAUUUUGACUGGAAACUUGCUUGCAGCAAGUGCGCCAAAGUGCUUAAAGAAUCCCUGGAGUGCUGAAGAAGAUUCCAACCAAGGUGCUGCAAAGCAGGAGGAACCCUGGCCAGCUCUGGCAGAUCGAUCGCUUGUUACUUUAGUAGAACAGCUCUUUUCUCAUCUGCUGAAGGUCAUUAAUAUUUGUGCACAUGUAAUGGAUGAUGUUGCUCCUGGCCCAGCAGUAAAGGCAGCAUUACCUUCUCUCACAAACCCACCUUCUCUUAGUCCAAUUCGGAGGAAGGGCAAAGAGAGGGAGUCUGUUGAACAGGCAUCUGUGCCAAUGAGCCCUAAAAAAGGUGGUGAAACAAGUCCAGCUGCUAGGCAAACUGAUGCUACUGGGCCUGUUCCAACAAGUAAAUCCUCUUCAGUAGGAAGCUUUUAUCAUCUUCCGUCAUAUCUGAAGUUAUACGAUGUCUUGAAAGCAACUCAUGCUAAUUAUAAGGUUACUUUGGAUCUCCAGAACAGUAAUGAAAAGUUUGGAUGUUUCUUACGGUCUGCCUUAGAUGUUCUGUCUCAAAUCUUGGAACUUGCUACUCUUCAAGACAUUGGAAAGUGUGUGGAAGAAAUUUUGGGAUACCUAAAAUCAUGUUUCAACAGAGAACCAACAAUGGCAACAGUCUGUGUACAGCAGUUAUUGAAAACACUAUUUGGGACAAAUCUGGCUUCUCAGUACGAUGGCUUGUCUUCAAACCCCAACAAAGCUCAAGGCAAAGCUCAACGCUUAGGUUCUUCCAAUUUGAGACCUGGUCUCUAUCAUUAUUGCUUCAUGGCACCAUACACACAUUUUACACAAGCCCUCGCUGAUGCUAGUCUAAGGAACAUGGUUCAGGCUGAGCAGGAACACGAUGCUUCAGGAUGGUUUGAUGUGCUGCAAAAAGUUUCUACACAGCUGAAAACUAGCAUUACCAGUGCAGCAAAACAUCGUGCCGAUAAGAAUGCUAUUCACAAUCACAUUCGUUUAUUUGAACCCCUUGUCAUAAAAGCAUUGAAACAAUAUACUACAACAACUUCAGUACAGCUGCAGAGACAAGUUCUAGACUUGCUUGCUCAACUGGUUCAGCUACGAGUUAACUACUGUCUUCUGGAUUCGGAUCAGGUGUUUAUUGGAUUUGUGCUAAAGCAGUUUGAAUACAUUGAAGUAGGACAGUUCAGGGAGUCUGAAGCAAUUAUUCCUAAUAUCUUUUUUUUCCUGGUGUUGCUGUCUUAUGAGCGGUAUCAUUCCAAACAGAUAAUUGGAAUUCCUAAGAUCAUUCAACUGUGUGAUGGUAUCAUGGCCAGUGGGAGGAAAGCUGUUACACAUGCAAUACCAGCUCUGCAACCCAUCGUUCAUGAUCUCUUUGUGUUAAGAGGAACAAAUAAAGCUGAUGCUGGAAAAGAGUUGGAAACACAAAAGGAGGUGGUAGUAUCAAUGCUGCUGAGACUUAUUCAGUACCACCAGGUGCUAGAAAUGUUUAUCUUAGUAUUGCAACAGUGUCAUAAAGAAAACGAAGACAAAUGGAAAAGAUUGUCCCGGCAAAUAGCUGACAUCAUUCUCCCAAUGCUUGCAAAACAACAGAUGCAUAUAGAUUCUCAUGAUGCUCUGGGAGUAUUGAACACUUUGUUUGAAAUUUUGGCUCCUUCAUCCCUUCGCCCUGUAGACAUGCUUUUGAGGAGUAUGUUUGUUACUCCUAAAACAAUGGCAUCAGUGAGCACUGUCCAGCUAUGGAUUUCUGGAAUUUUAGCUAUCCUUAGAGUUCUGAUUUCACAGUCAACAGAAGACAUCGUUCUAUCCCGUAUACAAGAGCUUUCCUUCUCACCGUAUUUGAUUUCGUGUCAAUCAAUUAACAGACUAAGAUGUGGAGAAAAUAACGUAUCUGCACCAGAGGAUCGCACUGAGGUUAAACAGGCUAAAUAUCUGCCUGAAGAGACAUUUUCUAGGUUCUUGCUACAACUGGUUGGCAUUCUACUGGAAGAUAUUGUUACCAAACAGUUGAAAGUGGACAUGAAUGAGCAGCAACAUACUUUCUACUGCCAGGAGCUGGGCACGCUGCUUAUGUGCUUAAUACAUAUCUUCAAAUCAGGGAUGUUUAGAAGGAUCACAGCUGCAGCCACCAGGCUUUUUACAGGAGAUGGAUCUGAUGGUAGUUUCUAUACCCUUGAAAGUUUGAGUGACCUUGUUCAGUCCAUGAUUCCCACGCAUCCUUCUUUAGUUCUCCUCUGGUGUCAAAUCCUGCUUCUUGUCAAUUAUACCAACUACAACUGGUGGUCAGAAGUGCAUCAAACUCCAAAGAGACAUAGUCUUUCUACAACUAAAUUGCUUAGCCCUCAGAUAUCUGGAGACAGUGAUGAAUCGAAUUCAGAAUCUAAACGUGGCAUGUGCAAUCGAGAGAUAGUGAGAAGAGGAGCACUUAUUCUUUUUUGUGACUAUGUUUGUCAAAACCUACAUGAUUCAGAACACUUGACCUGGCUUAUUGUGAAUCAUGUUCAAGACUUGAUUAAUCUGUCCCAUGAGCCUCCAGUACAAGACUUUAUUAGUGCUGUUCACCGGAAUUCAGCAGCCAGUGGUCUCUUCAUCCAGGCCAUUCAGUCACGUUGUGAGAAUCUUGCAGCUCCCACAACUCUGAAGAAGACUUUACAGUGCUUAGAGGGAAUACAUCUCAGCCAGUCUGGGGCUGUCUUAACAUUAUAUGUUGAUAAGCUUCUGUGUACUCCAUUCCGUGUGCUUGCUCGCAUGGUUGACACACUGGCUUGCCGUCGGGUAGAAAUGCUUUUGGCUGCAACUUUACAGAACAGCAUUACUCAGUUACCAGUUGAAGAACUGGAUAGAAUUCAGGAAUACCUUCAAAACAGUGGAUUAGCAACAAGACACCAAAGACUUUACUCGCUCUUGGAUAGGUUUCGUCUUAUGGUAGCACCAGACACAACUAGUCCUUCACCUCUGGUUACCUCACACCCACUAGAUGGAGAAGACCAACCAGCUUUAGAGAAUGUAAUUCUAGACAAAGACUGGUAUGUGUCACUAGUGAGGUCACAGUGUUGCAUCAAGUCUGACUCAGCACUGCUAGAAGGUGCAGAGCUGGUAAAUAGGAUUCCUCAGCCUGAUCUGAACUCCCUCAUGACCAGCAAGGAAUUCAAUCUAAGCUUGUUAGCACCUUGUUUAAGCCUUGGCAUGAAUGAAAUCUCAAGAGACCAGAAGAGUAGCUUCUUUGAAACAGCGUGGAGAGUAACUCUGGAUCAUGUGUCUACCACUGUACAAAACCUUCCUGCCAGCCACUUGGUUUUUCAACCACUAUUGCCAACUGAGCCAUCAGCCUACUGGAAAAAACUAAGCGACAUCUUUGGAGAUGAGGUGAUGUAUCAGUCUAUGAUGACACUUUGUCGUGCACUGGCUCAGUAUUUGUUGUUACUCUCAAAACUACCAGCUGGUCUCCGUGUUCCUCCUGACAAAGAGGAUGAUAUCCUGAAAUUCGUAGUUAUGUCAGUAGAGGCACUAUCAUGGCAUUUAAUGCAUGACCAGAUUCCAUUAAGUGUAGAUCUUCAAGCUGCUCUGGAUUGUUGCUGUCUGACGUUACAGCAGCCUAGUCUCUGGAAUUUGCUGGCUUCUGCAGUUAAUGUGACAUAUGCUUGCUCCUUAAUUAAUUGCCUUAGAUUUAUCAUAGAAGCAGUUGCAGUUGAACCUGGUAAUCAACUUCUUAGUCCUGAAAGAAAGAAGAACACUUCAAAAGGCAUAAGUGAGGGUGAAGUUGAUUCAAACAUACAAAAAACGAAACACAUUACUGCAGCUUGUGAAAUGGUAGCUGAGAUGGUGGAAUGUCUACAGACCGUCUUGGCACUGGGGCACAAAAGAAACAGCAGUAUUCCAGCGUUUCUUACUCCCAUCCUCAAGAACAUCAUCAUCAGUUUAGCAAGGCUGCCUCUAGUGAACAGUUACACAAGAGUACCUCCCUUGGUCUGGAAAUUAGGCUGGUCACCAAAGCCUGCAGGUGACUUCGGCACGGUUUUUCCUGAAAUCCCAGUAGAAUUUCUUCAAGAAAAGGAGAUCUUUAAGGAGUUCAUCUAUCGCAUUAAUACACUUGGGUGGAUCAGCCGUACUCAGUUUGAAGAGACUUGGGCUACUUUGCUUGGUGUGCUUGUAACUCAGCCUAUUGUAAUGGACCAAGAGGAGAACCAACAAGAGGAAGAUACAGAGAGGACCCAAAUUAAUGUUCUUGCAGUACAAGCUAUAACUUCCUUGGUGCUGAGUGCAAUGACAAUACCUGUUGCAGGCAAUCCAGCAGUUAGCUGUUUGGAACAGCAGCCCCGCAACAAAGCUUUAAAAGCUCUGGACACAAGGUUUGGGAGGAAGCUAAGUAUUAUCAGGGGAAUUGUUGAACAGGAAAUCCAAGCAAUGGUAUCUAAGAGAGAUAAUAUUGCUACUCAUCACUUAUACCAAGCUUGGGACCCUGUUCCAUCACUUUCUCCUGCUACUACAGGUGCUCUUAUCAGCCAUGAAAAACUCUUACUGCAGAUCAAUACUGAACGAGAAAUAGGAGAUAUGGAUUAUAAACUGGGACAGGUUUCGAUACACUCGAUAUGGUUGGGAAAUAACAUCACUCCAUUGAGAGAAGAAGAGUGGGGUGAGGAUGAAGAAGAUGAGAAUGAUAUACCUGCUCCUUCCUCGCCACCAACCUCUCCUGUUAACACCAGGAAACACCGGGCUGGUGUAGAUAUACAUUCUUGUUCUCAAUUCUUGCUUGAACUGUACAGUCAGUGGAUAUUGCCAUCAAACCCUAGCAAGAGAACACCAGUCAUUUUGAUUAGCGAAGUGGUGCGAUCACUUCUGGCAGUAUCGGACUUAUUUACAGAAAGGAAUCAGUUCGAGAUGAUGUAUACAACAUUGACAGAAUUGCGAAAGGUGCAUCCAUCAGAAGAUGAGAUUCUUGUACAGUAUUUGAUACCAGCCACUUGUAAAGCUGCUGCUGUUCUUGGAAUGGAUAAAGCUGUGGCUGAACCAGUAAGUCGACUUCUGGAAUCAACCCUAAGAAGUACCCAUAUGCCAAGCCGGAUUGGAGCUCUCCAUGGAGUUCUUUAUAUCCUUGAGUGUGACUUGCUUGAUGAGACAGCAAAGCAACUGAUUCCAACUAUCAGCGAGUAUCUGCUCUCCAAUUUGAGAGGAGUGGCACAUUGUGUGAAUAUCCAUAACCAACAGCACAUCUUGGUGAUGUGUGCAGCUGCUUUCUAUUUGAUGGAGAAUUACCCACUUGAUGUAGGGCCUGAAUUCUCUGCAGGAAUUAUACAGAUGUGUGGAGUCAUGGUGUCUGGAAGUGAUGAAUCAACGCCAUCUAUUAUUUAUCAUUGCGUCCUGAGAGGAUUAGAACGACUCCUCCUUUCAGAGCAACUUUCUAGGCUGGAUAGUGAAUCGCUAGUUAAACUGAGUGUUGACAGAGUGAAUGUGCAGAGCCCCCACAGAGCGAUGGCAGCGCUUGGAUUAAUGCUGACUUGCAUGUACACAGGAAAGGAAAAGAUCAGCCCCAGUCGUAGCACAGAUGGAAAUCCUGCCGCUCCUGACAGUGAAUCUGUGAUCGUAGCUAUGGAACGAGUAUCUGUCCUUUUUGAUAGGAUCAGGAAGGGAUUUCCUUUUGAAGCUAGAGUGGUGGCUCGGAUCCUUCCACAGUUCCUUGAUGAUUUUUUCCCCCCGCAAGACGUAAUGAAUAAAGUUAUUGGAGAAUUUUUAUCCAAUCAGCAGCCUUACCCACAAUUCAUGGCAACAGUAGUUUACAAGGUAUUCCAGACCCUACAUAGCACUGGACAGUCCUCAAUGGUCCGUGACUGGGUGAUGCUGUCUCUCUCUAAUUUCACACAAAGAACACCUGUGGCAAUGGCGAUGUGGAGUCUUUCCUGUUUUUUUGUCAGUGCUUCCACCAGUCAAUGGAUUUCAGCAAUUCUUCCACAUAUUAUCAGCAGAAUGGGAAAAUCAGAGCAAGUGGAUGUUAAUAUCUUCUGUUUGGUGGCCAUAGACUUCUACCGACAUCAGAUAGAUGAAGAAUUAGAUCGGAGGGCCUUUCAGUCGGUGUUUGAGGUGGUAGCAUCUCCAGGAACCCCAUAUCAUCGCUUACUAACUUGUUUGCAAAAUGUCCACAAGAUCACAGCAUGUUGAACAUCCUGAUGUGUAAUGGAACUGCAUGACUAGUGUUGGAAUCUGAUAUGAAUUAUGGGGAAUGCAAGAUCAAGAAGGUAUCUGGGGUUGCAUUUGUGAUAAAUAGGGACCUGUCAGUUUUACUUUCAGAAGGCAUGGACAAGUGCUCUGCAGCACUG